AUGAUACGCGACAAUAACACAGUGGUGUCCGGCAUAACACUGGAACGGAUAGCCAGGGGUGACAUCAACUCUGUCAUCAGGUGUCACGCGGCCAACAGUGAACUCACCAAAGCUGUCGUCAAAUCCAUCACAAUUGAUAUAAAUCUCCGACCCCUCAAAGCCAUGAUCGUAGCCCUCAAUAAAGACCGAUUGACUGCCGGUAGAAAACUUGAGGCCAUUUGUCAUACGUUUGGAUCGAAACCGGCGGCUGUCGUCCAGUGGUUCAUAAAUGAGAGAAAGUUAACGGAAUCCAAAGAUAUUCAUUUUGAGGGCAACGGCACUAAAAGUAUCGUAACAUUUGUACCGACGCCUGAAGAUAAUGGUUUGGACCUCCGAUGUCGUGCAGAAAAUCCCAAAUUAUCGAACAGUGCCACCGAAGACCACAUAAAUCUUGACGUCAAAUUUAUGCCAAACGUGACGCUAACUACUGGUUCAUCUACUGGUGAUCCCUCUGUGGCGACCGUUAAUGAGUCGAAUGAGAUUCUUCUGAACUGUAAAGUGAGGGCUAAUCCCAAACCAACGCAUAUUAGAUGGCUAUUCAAUAAGCAAGAGCUGAAGGAAAAUGUGGCAAAAGGUAUUAUCGUGGCAAACGAUACGCUUAUAGUGAAGAACGCCAGACGCGAAUCGGAAGGAAGGUAUCAAUGCGUGGCCUAUAAUAGUGAGGGAAGAGGAGAUUCGGCCGAACUCUUUGUUCAAGUCUUCUUCGCUCCCCGAUGUGUAUCACAGCAGCGCAUAAUAGAGACAUCCAUUUCCUACCCGACAAACAUCUUCUGCGAAGUGGACGCCAAUCCGGAGAACGUGACCUUCUUUUGGCACUCGUCUAACAUAGAGGACAGGCGCCGGAUCGCCAUCUCCAGCAAAGCCUUGCGAAGCAAACUGACGAUAAUUCCUUCAUUGGUGGGCGACUUCGGCACCUAUACGUGUUGGGCGCAGAACUGGAUCGGAUCCAAUCAGUUGACUCCCUGUGUGUUCAACCUGACAGACAGUGGCCAGAGUGUGCCGAAGCCGGUGUCGGACUGUCGGGUGAACACCGGCUACCGAAGCCUUGCCAUAAAGUGCACGCAUUUGUCGCACUUGUCUGAGACGAGUGCACAGCUCUUCACAAAAGAGACUCACUUUCAUCUGGAAGUCCGCGAUUCGCAUAACUCUAAGCUCAUUAUCAAUCAGACUAAUAGUGUUGAACCAGUUUUCAAUGUGACAGACAUGCAAUGGGCGCCUAUAUAUCAACUCGUUGUCUAUGUGUCCAAUCCUUUUGGUGUAAGCAAUGAGGUGACCAUGAUGGUGCAGUCGGAGACAGCUGCAGAGCCGCCCUCAUUCAAGUCGCCGGCGAUAUCACCGGAUUCACAGCAACAGCAGACAAAUGACACCAACUCUUCGCAUAGGAUUCUUGUGAUUCUCAUCUCAUUACUGACUGUCGUAUUGAUAAUCCUGUCGAUACUCAUUACGAUAACAAUAGUGUUGUGUUUUUUGCGACAAAAAAACAACAGAAAGCGGAACAAAUUCUCGGGCACUGGUAGUCUACACGGUGGUAGUGGUAGUGCCGGCUCAGACAGUGAACAGUGUAGUACAACAUCGGGCGGUGGUAGGACUCGCGAGACUACUAAGAAAAAGUACAAAAAUAAAAAAUUAUCGCAAACUAACACUAAGACAAGUGAUGACAGUAUAGCCACAUCUGACGGCUCUGCACAUCCGGAUGUAAUUCCAUGCGAUGGUGUCGUCUUCUACAGUAAUGAUCACCACAUUAUUGAUGACAAUUCGUGUGAUAACGGAUUUAAUGCUAAUAAUUCAUUAUCAAUAUAUCGAGAUAUUAUUAUUACUAAUGUUGCGUUGGAUGAACAUAACGAGCACAGAAUUGUUAACAAAAAUCUAUUAACAAAUCAUACAAAUCAUGUGUCGGUUAUUAAUGGGAGUCAUCAAAGUGCCAAUAAUGGCCCUGAUAAUGUCCUACUCGUCCAAACCCAUCACAACCAGUGUUUGGAUACGUUUGUCGCCAAAUAUCCUGUCAUUGAUAAUACAAAUGAUAUGGAGACGACCGCAAACUAUCUACAGUUGAGUACAUCCUUUCCACAGACAACUCCGGUAUAGGAUAUUAAUAAUAAUAAUAAUAAUAAUAAAUUGAUAAUCAAAACCAAAUAUAAAUAUAAAUAUAAAUUUCCAGAAAGAGUG